AGAUUAAGAAGAAACCGUAACUGUGAAACUUUUUUAAUCCGUAACGAAUACGUGGGAUAAAAAAGAAAUCUGAGAGUUCAUUUAACCGUUCAAAGCAAACUGUUUAGAAGAUUUCUUCGAAAAAUUUUUCUAAUAAUAAACGAAUAGAGCUUUAAAACAGAAGACGAUCACAUAAUGUCACUUUCAACUAUUUCAACGAGAUUUCUUCUUCUUCUUCUCUUGGGACUCGUCUCAUCUCUUUUUGCUGCAAGCAUCAAACAAAAGGAACCAGCGAAUGUUCAAUGUCACAAUAAUAAUGAAUGUCCUAAUGAUCAUUGCUGUGUCCUAGGUGGAGGAAGAUAUACCAUACCUCAAUGUAGUCCUAUGAGAAGGAAAGCUGAAAUUUGUCGACCUGGCAAUGACCUGCUCAACACGACCCUAUAUUAUCCGAAUAACAGCAAGUUAUCGAUAACUGAUGUAUAUUAUAUAUUAUGUCCUUGUGAGGAAGGAUUAACCUGCAAUCUCGAGGAAGGCGUUUGCAUAGGCAACAAUUAAAAGCAUAAAUCGCCCGAAUUAAAUCGAAUAAUCUAUAAAAUAUCUAUAAACUUUAUGAUUUAUCGAUAGCAUAAUUAUUUCUAUUAUUUUUUUCUUUUGUCUAUUUUUUCUCUCUGUACAUAUAUGAUUUUUCUUUCUUUGGCAUGCUUAGAAAGGUAAAAGAAAUGAAUAAGAUAGCGUUGAAACUUUCAAAGAUUAAUUAUAUAAAUUUUGUUAUGGUAAUACAGACCAAAGGUUUUAUUUUAAGAAAUCAUUAGGAUUAAGACCAAAUAUAUAAUGUAAAAAUCGAAAAUUAAAACAACAUUAUGUCCAUUCUAUUACGCUCUGAAGUAAUUUUAAAUUUAUAAUUACCUAUAAUUGUGAUAUGUAUGUAUAUAAAAUAAAUGUGUGUCGACAAAA